GUCCAGGAGAGUGUUACUUGCGGUCAUCCUGGCUCAGGACUUUUAUCUCUGCUCAGCCGGGAGGCGGGAGGAGGAGACCUCGGGGGUGGCCCUGAGCGCCGGCGACACCUUUCUGGGGCUCUAUAAAUUGAGCACCUGGGAUGGGUAGGGGACCGACGCCACCACUGCCGCCCGCAGUCACAGUCGAUUCACUGACCACAGCAACGCCCGCAGGCAGCAGCCGCAAGCAGCGAGAACACUGAGCUACUCAGCAGCAGGGGAUCUCCAGGAGCAAGAGGAGGCCAGGGCUCGACCCACGGACCACGCGCCGCCAUCGCGAGCUUUCGGACGCCCAAACCAGGAGAAGCAGCACAUCCCCGCAGGGUCGGGCUGUGAGCGAGACGAGAGUUGGAGUGUGGAGGAGGAGUCGGGAAUCCCGUCGCGGCUCGUGCUAUAGCAAGCUCCCCGCGCGGGCAUCUGAGAGCUCGUGAAGGCGGGAACACCCUCGCCCCAGCCGGCCCUCCCGUGCCCUUGUGCUUCGGCGCCCGCGCGGCCACCAUGAUGCAAAUCUGCGACACCUACAACCAGAAGCACUCGCUCUUUAAUGCCAUGAACCGCUUCAUCGGCGCCGUGAACAACAUGGACCAGACGGUGAUGGUGCCCAGCCUGCUGCGCGACGUGCCCCUGGCCGAGCCCGGGCUGGACAACGAUGUCAGCGUGGAGGUAGGCGGUAGUGGCGGCUGCCUGGAGGAGCGCACGCCCCCCGCCCCGGGCCCGGGCAGCGCCAAUGGCAGCUUUUUCGCGCCCUCUCGGGACAUGUACAGCCACUACGUGCUGCUCAAGUCCAUCCGCAACGACAUCGAGUGGGGGGUCCUGCACCAGCCGCCACAACCAGCCGGGAGCGAGGAGGGCAGCGCCUGGAAGUCCAAAGACAUCCUGGUGGACCUGAGCCACUUGGAGGGCGCGGACGCCGGCGAGGAGGACCUGGAACAGCAGUUUCACUACCACCUGCGCGGGCUGCACACUGUGCUCUCCAAACUUACGCGCAAAGCCAACAUCCUCACCAACAGAUACAAGCAGGAGAUCGGCUUCAGCAAUUGGGGCCACUGAGGCGGGCUGCCCGCGGCUGCCCAGCACCCUUCCCGGCCCCAUCUCUCACCCUCUCUCUUUUCUCAAAGCUGUUUUCUUUCUGGCUGUAGGGCUCGUUGGGCUGACUGCAAAGUUGAAGGGCUGCGUACUUGAAGAGGGCGCGGCGGGGCUGCUUGGGGAAGGGGACCUCUUUUGGGAAAGGAGAGAGAAGGCAGUGGUGGCGGAGGGUGCGUGGGGAUGGGAUCAAGGACCUCCUUCCUUCCCGCAGGGUGGUUCUUUCUUAAUGGGAAUGGGACUGGGCUGACGCCCUGCAUUCGGCCUCCUCCUUUCCUGGAGUUUCUUUUUUGUUCUUUCCGGAGGAGAAGGGGCCAUGCCAGGGCGCGGCGCUGGGUUGCCACACUUGGGAGCCCCGCCCGGAGCUGGGCGCUGGAGAAGGCGGGGCGCGCAGCAGCCUCCCGCCUCCCCGUGGUUGGGCUGGUGGAGGCCACAGCGUUGCUAGGAUUGCAUCAGUUUUCCUGUUUGCACUAUUUCUUUUUGUAACAGUGGCUCUGUCUUAAGUAUUUCGAACCUCCUCCUUGCUGUGAAACUUGGGCAAUUCCAUUGUGAUAAGCGCACAAACAGCCCUGUCUGUGGGUAACCGGUACUACUUUAUUAAUGAUUUUCUGUUACACAGUAUAGUUGUCCUGUGGCACUCCUACCCUGUGCCUUUCACGCCACCCCUCCCCCUCCCCAGUAUGUGUAAGUUGGCACUGUGCCGACUUGUACAAAGCUUGCCACUCAGCCAGUGGAAAUAACAUUAUGAGAAAGUGGACUUAAUCUGAAAUUGAACCAACUGACAUUCUAUCAGUGUUGUACAUAGAAUGAUGAAGAGUUCCACUGUUGUUUUAUGUCUUAAAUUUAUUUAAAACAUUUUUUAAUCCAGAUGUAGACUAUAUUCUAAAAAAUAAAAAAAAAGGCAAAUGUGUUAA